CCUCUUGGCUGACUCAUGCUAGUCCAGAGAAUUAGGAAAGGCCUGCUCAUCGAAAGCAGUUGGUGUGUGUGCAGCUUGCGUAGUUUAUCCUCUCUUAAGAGGAGAGGAUUUAGCGCUCGGGCCUUCCUGUGGAAUGGACGAGGCAGGUUAGAUUCAGCAGGACUCCCCGGCCACAGCGGUGAGGGUGGAGGAAGGGCGUUUCUCACGCUGGGGCUGCUGUGGAGGUCUCUGCUAGUCACCAGGUUCCUUUAUGGGUUUCAGAGAGGCAGGACGAUUUACAGGACCCUACCCGACAGCUCUUCUUUGACCAUGCCUCACUCCAAGCCUCAGGACAUGGGCUCUGCCUUCAUCCAGACCCAGCAGCUCAAUGCUGCCAUGGCUGACACCUUCCUGGAGCACAUGUGCCUGCUGGACAUCGACUCUGAACCCACAACUGCCCGCAACACUGGCAUCAUCUGCACCAUCGGGCCGGCCUCCCGCUCUGUUGACAUGCUGAAAGAGAUGAUCAAGUCUGGAAUGAACAUCGCUCGUUUGAACUUCUCCCACGGUUCUCAUGAGUACCAUGGCGAAACCAUAAAGAACAUCCGUGAGGCGACUGAGAGCUUUGAGCCAGGAAGCAUCCACUAUCGCCCCAUUGGCAUCGCUCUGGACACCAAGGGCCCUGAGAUCAGAACCGGACUCAUCAAGGGGAGUGGAACAGCUGAGGUGGAGCUGAAGAAAGGCAAUACGAUCAAGGUGACCCUGGACGAUGCCUACAUGGAGAACUGUGAUGAGGACGUCCUGUGGCUGGACUACAAGAACAUCACCAAGGUGGUGGAAAUUGGCAGCAAGGUCUACAUCGACGAUGGCCUCAUCUCUCUCCAAGUCCAAGAGAUUGGUUCUGACUAUAUCCUGUGUGAGAUUGAGAAUGGAGGAACUCUGGGCAGUAAGAAGGGCGUAAACCUGCCAGGAGCAGCGGUGGAUCUUCCUGCUGUGUCUGAGAAGGACAUCAAGGACCUGCAGUUUGGAGUGGAGAUGGGCGUGGACAUGGUCUUUGCUUCGUUCAUCCGCAAAGCACAGGAUGUUAAUGAAGUCAGGCAGGUGCUGGGAGAGAAGGGCAAGAACAUCAAAAUCAUUAGCAAGCUGGAGAACCACGAGGGAGUCCGCAGGUUUGAUGAGAUUAUGGAGGCUAGUGACGGCAUCAUGGUUGCCCGUGGCGACCUGGGUAUAGAGAUCCCUACAGAAAAGGUGUUCCUUGCCCAGAAGAUGAUGAUUGGACGCUGCAAUAGGGCUGGCAAGCCAAUUACCUGUGCAACACAGAUGUUGGAGAGCAUGAUUAAGAAGCCCCGGCCCACGCGUGCAGAGGGCAGCGAUGUGGCCAAUGCUGUUCUGGAUGGGGCCGACUGCAUCAUGCUGAGCGGAGAAACAGCCAAGGGGGAUUACCCUCUUGAGGCAGUGCGCACACAACACAUGAUCGCUCGGGAGGCGGAAGCGGCCAUGUUUCACCGGCAGGUGUUUGAGGACCUGCGUCGAUGCACCCCUCACUCCACCGACCCUGCUGAGGCUAUCGCCAUCGGGGCUGUGGAAGCCUCCUUUAAACUCCUCGCCCCCGCAUUCAUAGUGCUCACUGGCUCCGGCAGAUCUGCACACUUGAUCUCCAGGUACCGCCCCCGUGCCCCCAUUAUUGCAGUAACCCGUAACGGGCAGACUGCUCGCCAGGCCCACCUGUACCGCGGCAUCUUCCCUGUGUUCUACAACAAACCCGCUCAUGAUGUUUGGGCAGAGGAUGUGGACCUCCGCGUGAACUUCGCCAUGGAUGUCGGCAAGGCUCGAGGCUUCUUCAAGACUGGUGACGUUGUGAUCGUGCUGACCGGCUGGCGUCCAGGCUCCGGAUUCACCAACACCAUGCGUGUGGUCCCAGUGCCCUAGACUCAUCAGGAUUGACCUUCCACUCCAAUCCAUCCAUCUUCCCUUCCCUGUGACCUUUCAUUCCCCUUCCCCCAUGCAGGCAGGUCGAGCAGACUGGCACUCCAGCGUCAGCGAGGAGGUUUCUCCUGCUAGAGGCCAGUUUUGGCAAUAGUUUCCUUCAACACGAUAGUUCUCUCACAGAUGGUCAGUUCUUACUUGGUUGCUUCUCCAGUCUUAGACCUUUCACUAAAAUGUUUUGUUCAGAAUUGGCCAUACAUGUCACUCCUUACACAAGAGCUUUAAGUCUGGGCGGCCUUUCUGCACGCCUGCUUUAGUACGCAGGGUUAAAGAGCUGUACGACAGAGCCGCGUCUGCAGAUUCUCCUUCUAGAACACUCCAACGGCCACAGAACAAACUGGCUUCUUCAGAGUGGCUCCUCUUACAGCUCUUGCUUCAUGACUGAAUACAGAGGGACCCAUUUGCGACCAUAGCUGUGUCUCUGUGUGCUUUUAUUACUCUGUGUGUGUGUAUAAGUGUGCUCUCUGCACUGUGCUAGUGUUUGCACUCCUACAUCUACUGUAGACAAUGUUACAUCCUGUAUUAUACUUGACAUUUGAGUUUGUGAAACGUUUGGGUUUUGGGCAAUCAAUGCCAGAAUAUAUAUAUAGAUAUACAUAAAUAUUUUUUCCUAACUGAAGAGAAAUGUAGGAUGCCCAUUUUAUGAAUACCGCUAAUUCUUUUGUGUUUUAACAGAGUGAUUUAAGAUCUAGGUUCUGUUUAGCACUUGGGUCAAAUCUGCUAAUUAAGAGAUGCAAUAAAGAGAAGACGGACACAGUUGGUAAAAGAAAGAGCUGGUUUAGUUUGAGAGAAACGGAGAGAAAGAGAGAUUAAAGUUGGCCAGCGGUCGGGCACAGUCCACCACACUUCCUCCCUUUACCCUCUCCCCUUCCUGUUCCUGUCCUCUCGUGCUCACUCUCUCGCUCGUCUGUCGGCUCCUAUGUAAGUUGUGUGUGUGCAGCCUUAUAUCCACCUACUUCUCUGAUUGUGACGCUUAGGGAUUAGGGUUUAAAGAGGUGUUGAGAUAAAGUGUAUCAGCCUUGUGGUGUUGUACUUUCCAAGACUGGAUCGAUCUAUUAAAGAGAAGAGCACUUAUCA